AUGGUCUACAACGAGUUCCAGGACCUCGUCGACCACUACAAGGGAGCUCCACUGUCGGAGUACACGCUUCGUCUGAUCGGCUCAGAUCUUGAGCACUACAUCCGCAAGCUGCUCUAUGACGGGGAGAUCAAGUACAACAUGAGAUCCAGAGUGCUCAACUUCAGCAUGGGCAAACCCCGCGUCAAAUUCAACAGCAGCCAGAUCCCUGAUGUGAAAUAG